GCUGCAAAACAUAGUCCAUGAUACAAACACAAAAUACUUUUUCCAAAUGUUAUUUGAACUUGUUUGGUCAUUACAGUUUUGUUUGGAGCAGCACAUAUUUUUGAGGAAAUGCGUUUGAGAAGUAAGAUUUUUCAGGAUCCUAUGGAUACAGACUCACUGAGAACGUGUCCAAGACAGCUAUCCCAGAGAAUACCGAAUAUGAGAUCUCGAACCAGGGUUAUAUUGCAUUCUCUAUUACUGUUGGUUUUAGUAGUGCAGGUGAGCAGGCCAGUAUGUGUGGAUGUGCCCUCAGAAACAGAGGCUGUUGUUGGGAACCCCAUGAAACUGACCUGCAUCUCAUGUAUGAAGAGGGAGGAGGUCAACGCGGAGACACGCGUGGACUGGUACUACAUCCCACCUGACGAAGAACCCAUCUCUAUCUACCUGUUUGAUGGAAAACCCAGGGACCUGGAGGGGCCUUGGAGGGGUCGCCUGAUGUGGAAUGGAAGUAAAGACCUGCAGGAACUAUCCAUCAGUAUCCUCAACGUCACAAUGAACGACACGGGCACCUACAAGUGUGUGGUCUUCCGACAGUUUGAGUUUGACUGCUACUCUCCCUCGGUUACCAACAGCCUGAUAAUCAACCUGGUGGUCAGAGAGGAAGCCAGUGAGGACACCACUGCCCUGUACUCAGAGAUCAUGAUGUAUGUCCUGCUGGUCUUCCUUACCUGCUGGCUCCUGGUGGAGAUGGUAUACUGCUACAGGAAGAUCUCCAAGUCAGAGGAGCAGGCCCAGGACACCGCGUACUGACCAAUGGUGUAUGAAGCAGUUCAUAGUCACCUGACGAUACAGACUGAACUCUUUGAAGGGAACAUUCAGUGAAGAUGUUGCAACGCCUCUCAGCAACCAGGAAACCUGCCAAGUGGAGUCCCCUUUGUCUUGGUCUUGAAUGUCACCCACAGAAACAAAAUUGAACCUACUGCUGCAGAGGAUCAACCAAUGGCUUCAAAGCAAAUUACUUGUACUUUAAAUGUGUGAAAUGUUGUUCAAAUGGUACACUGCACAUCAUUGGAUGCACAUAAAAGCUUCUGGUACAUUAUUUUCAGUAAAUUUUUACUCUACUGAUAGAAAACGACGAGAUUAUGGGUCAAGGUUUUGCUCUUAUGCGGCCGGUGUCUCGUCGUUAUCUUUUUACAGAAAUUGGAUGGCAUAGCUUUUCAAGUUUACUUCACUCAAGUUGUUUGGUAAAAUGCACAGUAUCAUGCACAGUAUGACUGUGGUUUAUGAUAUGAUAUGAACACAGAGUCCUCUCGCUGUUUCUUAGUGUGACUCCAAGGCUCCAUUUGGCCUUCUAGGUCAGAGGCUCCUCUUUAAGUUCAAUUCUCUUCCACCGAGAGAACCUGGCUUGAGCAGAUGUUGUGCAUUUUGAUCUUAGAGAGUGACUAGGCUAUUUUACAAAAGAAGAAGAAGAAGAAAAAAAUAGUCACAGUACAAAGUCACAGUAAUUGGUACCAGAGAUUCCUAUAUCUUUUACUCACAUCAACAAUAUGGCUUUUUUUACUCAGUGUUUUAUGAGAUCAAGUUUAUUCAAUGGCAUCUUAAGACAUUCAAAACAAUGAUGCUGCAUAAUACAACUACUGUACGCACCAAUAGCCAAAUACAGUGUCUUGCGAAAGUAUUCGGCCCCCUUGAACUUUGCGACCUUUUGCCACAUUUCAGGCUUCAAACAUAAAGAUAUAAAACUGUAUUUUUUUGUGAAGAAUCAACAACAAUUGGGACACAAUCAUGAAGUGGAACGACAUUUAUUGGAUAUUUCAAACUUUUUUAACAAAUCAAAAACUGAAAAAUUGGGCGUGCAAAAUUAUUCAGCCCCCUUAAGUUAAUACUUUGUAGCGCCACCUUUUGCUGCGAUUACAGCUGUAAGUCGCUUGGGGUAUGUCUCUAUCAGUUUUGCACAUCGAGAGACUGACAUUUUUUCCCAUUCCUCCUUGCAAAACAGCUCGAGCUCAGUGAGGUUGGAUGGAGAGCAUUUGUGAACAGCAGUUUUCAGUUCUUUCCACAGAUUCUCGAUUGGAUUCAGGUCUGGACUUUGACUUGGCCAUUCUAACACCUGGAUAUGUUUAUUUUUGAACCAUUCCAUUGUAGAUUUUGCUUUAUGUUUUGGAUCAUUGUCUUGUUGGAAGACAAAUCUC